UCACAAGCCCCUGAAACGGCAAUGGAGGUUUAUGUUGAAUUGGUUGCAAAUUUGGGUAAUGCGAGGGAAGUCAUGACUAGCAUGGAACUACCUCGUACGACAUAGAUCGCAUGUAGAUGCGUGGAAUGACCGAGCAUCUAGAUUGGUUCGAGGAGAUAACUUCACAGGUCAUAGCUCUGCUAUGUACAUGAGUUGGUACAGGCAUAUCUCCAUAUUACGCCUAACGAACACCACAUUUGCGCAGCCAGGAUCACAUUACCAUCCGACAUCUACGUUGCUGGCUGAGCGCAUCCGAUCGGUGCUCAUACAAUGCAAUAACACGAUUCAAGGGGCCUCUACAUCACCAGUUGAUGUGGGGUAUCGGCUGUGUUCUCAGACCCUAGGCUCCAUUAACGCGUCGUUGACCGAUGCAUUGAGUCAGGCGGGUUAUGAGUACCUCAUACCGACUCCAUCCGUCAUUGGCGAGGUAGAUGACACAUUUCACACUCCUUCUCCACGGAGUUCAGCCCACCAAGGUAGCUCUUCUGAAGGAUCCAGUUCUCGGUCCACAAGAGGUUGCCAGCGUUCAUCUACUCGAGGUCGGUCUUCCAGAUCGCCAUCGACAUCCGGUACUAUGUCACCAUUCGUUCCUCCAGCUUCCAUCACCACUCCUCCUCUAUAUCCAUCGCCUCCGCAAAGGAUCAUCACAUAUCAGCGUGCUAGUCAACAACGAGCUCCUGCUCUUAAUGUCAUUGCGAAGGUUGACGAGUUCACACCAUCAUCAUCCACCGGUGCGCAAAACAAGAGGGGUCGGAUUUUCUUAUACAAGAAUUUAGAUGGUUAUAUUGGGGGCUAA